GGCGGGCGGUGUCACGGCGUGUUGUCGUUGCAGCUGGAGAUGCCGGCCCGGACCAGGGCCCCGCCGAGCUGCCCUGCGCUGGAUCCCCGCUCCGCGCUGCCGCCCGCCAGCCCGCCGAGGGGGCGCCGGCCCGCCCCCGGCCUCCCGCCAUCCCCGCGCCCCAAAUCAUUGUAGGUUUGGUGUCUUGGAAAUAUGGAAUCAAUCUCUAUGAUGGGGAGCCCCAAGAACCUCAAUGAAACUUUUCUACCAAAUGUUGCUAAUGGUAUCAAGGAUGCCAGUAAGGUCACAAUAGGCAUCAUUGGAAGUGGAGACUUCGCUAAGUCAUUGACAAUUAGACUCAUCAGAUGUGGGUACCAUGUGGUCGUAGGAAGCAGGAACCCUAAACAUGCUGCUGAGUUCUUUCCCCAUGUGGUUGAUGUCACUCAUCAUGAAGAUGCAGUAGCAAAAACAAACAUCAUUUUUGUAGCCAUACACAGAGAACAUUACAUCUCUUUGUGGGACCUCAAACAUUUACUUGCUGGUAAAAUUCUGAUUGAUGUCAGCAAUAAUACAAGAGUAGACCAAUAUCCGGACUCCAAUGCAGAGUAUUUGGCAUCACUUUUUCCUGAUUCCCUGAUUGUCAAAGGAUUCAAUGUCAUUUCAGCUUGGUCACUGCAGUUAGGACCAAAGGAUGCCAGCAGACAGGUCUAUAUAUGCAGUAACAAUGUUCAGGCUCGCCAUCAAGUUAUUGAGCUUGCCCGUAAGCUCAGUUUUAUUCCUAUUGAUGUGGGGGCAUUGACAUCUUCAAGGGAAAUUGAAAACUUGCCUCUGCGACUGUUCACCCUGUGGAAGGGGCCUGUACUGAUUGCUAUUAGCCUGGCAACAUUUUUCUUCAUCUAUUCCUUCGUCAGAGAUGUAAUCCAUCCGUACAUGAGAAACCAGCAGAGCGACUUUUACAAGAUUCCCAUUGAGAUCGUGAACAAGACUCUGCCAAUUGUUGCAAUCACUUUACUUUCUCUAGUGUAUUUAUCGGGACUUAUUGCAGCUGCUUACCAACUUUACUAUGGCACUAAGUAUCGGCGGUUUCCACCUUGGCUGGACAACUGGCUCCAGUGUCGAAAGCAGCUUGGACUGCUCAGUUUCUUCUUUGCAACAGUGCACGUGGUGUACAGCCUGUGCUUACCCAUGAGGAGAUCGGAGCGGUACUUGUUCCUCAACCUGGCGUAUCAACAGGUUCAUGCAAAUGUUGAAAAUUCUUGGAAUGAGGAAGAAGUGUGGCGAAUUGAAAUGUAUAUUUCCUUUGGAAUAAUGAGUCUUGGAUUGCUUUCUUUGCUGGCAGUAACUUCCAUCCCUUCAGUAAACAGUGCCUUAAACUGGAGGGAGUUCAGUUUUAUUCAGUCGACACUUGGAUACGUUGCUCUGCUUAUAAGUACUUUCCAUGUAUUGAUUUACGGAUGGAAAAGAGCUUUUGAAGAAGAGUAUUACAGAUUUUAUACACCACCAAAUUUUGUUCUUGCCCUUGUUCUGCCUUCCAUUGUAAUUCUAGGUAAGAUCAUUUUACUUUUGCCAUGUGUAAGUAGGAAACUGAGGAGAAUUCGAAGAGGAUGGGAGAAAAGCCGUGUUAUAGAAGAAGUAAGUGGGUCUGUUCCACAUCUCUCCCCAGAAAGGAUAACUGUAAUGUGAUCAUAUUUGUUAUCACUGUUGUACAUGUUUGAGUUUUUUGUCAUAAACUUGUAUUUUUAGAAGUUUCGUUAAGUAGGAGUAAAGUCACUUGCUUGGCAUAUGGUACAAGCUAUGAUACUACCAAACUAUGAGAAGUUUAUAACUGGAUGACUAUUACUUCUGAUAACUACAAAAAUAUUUUUGUUUUGAAUUACAGAGAGCAGAUUAUUAUGAAAUCAGAAAUUUUUUAAUGUUCCUUUCCACAGUUACAUCACAACAGUAUUUUAUUAUAAUUAUGCUUUUCAGAUACUUCUUUGACUUAGAGCAUAUGCGUCAGAGUGCUGUUUAUUAAUACCACAUUUUCAGGGCAGUACUUCUUCUAGUAAAACCACACUUCUGUUACUGAGUUCAGAAUAUAGAUAAAUAAUUUAGGACAUAAUCAUGUUUUGAAACAAAUUAAUUUGUAAUGAUCACAGAAUCAUAUAAUCACAGAACAGUUUGAGUUGGAAGGGACCUUAAAGAUCAUCUGGUUCCAACCUCC